CCGCCCUGAAGCUUCAAUUGGUUCCUCUCCUCUUUACCUUUUCCGGAAGAUUCUUCCUCUUCACUGAUGAGAGCUUUCAAUCAUCCGUCAUGAACGUCCCCUUGGAGUUCUAAUCCAAGCCACCUCCUGCUUCAGGCACCGAUUCAACCUCGGGAAAAAUGGUCUCUCUGGAGAAUUCUUACUCGGGUUCUGCUCGGUUUCCUCUCCCCCGGUACCUCUCCUACUCCACCACCAAAAUCCAUCGCCAUGCCGGCCGGUCCAUGCGUACAAUACGCUCCAACCUCUACCGGAGCGGCCAGAGCUGCUCCUUCACCGGCGGCGCCCCGGAGAAGGCCGAAUCGGAGUUCGCCUCGGAGAACUUGUCGGACUCCGCCGUCGACUUGCGUCUGGGUGAGCUCGCCGCCCGGUUUGAAGACUGUGCCGGUGGGAAUUCGGCGAAGUCCCCCUCACCGGCGGAGGAGGUUCAGGAGUUUCUGGAGCUGUCUCGAGCUUUCAGUGAGUUCUCCGCCUGCAGCAGCGACAUCUCCGGCGAGCUGCAGCGGCUCGCCGGCGUGGCGUCAUCUGAUAACGUGGAAGGUUUUGAGUGCUCGGCCUUGGAUCGUGGCCCAAAUGCGGAGGCGGAGCCCUGCAUAGGGUUUCUACAGCGAGAUAAGUUCUCGACGGAGAUAAUUGAGAGCAUCUCACCAGAGGAUCUUCAGCCGACAGUGAAGAUCUGUGUCGAUGGACUCCAGUCGUCGUCUGUGGCAGUGAAGCGGUCUGCCGCCGCCAAGCUGAGGCUGCUUGCGAAGGACCGGUCUGAUAAUCGAGCACUUAUCGGAGAAUCCGGAGCUAUUCCCGCCCUAACCCCUCUGCUCCGUUGCAGUGAUCCCUGGACUCAGGAGAACGCGGUCACCGCUUUGCUUAACUUGUCUCUCCUCGACAAGAACAAGCAAUUGAUCACGGAGGCAGGGGCCAUUAAAUCUCUAAUUUACGUUCUCAAAACUGGAACUGAGACUGCGAAGCAGAACGCCGCCUGCGCCUUACUGAGUCUCGCAUUGGUCGAAGAGAACAAAAGUUCGAUCGGGGCUUGCGGGGCAAUUCCCCCACUGGUGUCUCUCCUGUUGCACGGGACGAAUCGAGGGAAGAAGGAUGCCCUGACGACACUCUAUAAGCUGUGCAGUGUGAGGGUGAAUAAGGAGAGGACGAUCAGUGCGGGGGCGGUGAGGCCGCUAGUGGAGAUGGUGGCGGAGCAGGGGACGGGCAUGGCGGAGAAGGCCAUGGUGGUGCUGAGCAGCCUCGCUGGGAUCGAGGAAGGAAAGGAAGCGAUCGUGGAAGAAGGUGGGAUCGCGGCGCUCAUGGAAGCCAUAGAGGAUGGUUCAGUGAAAGGGAAGGAGUUUGCCGUGCUGACUCUGUUGCAGUUGUGCGGUGACAGUAUGAAGAACAGGGGGAUGCUUGUGAGGGAAGGUGGGAUUCCUCCUCUGGUUGCUCUGUCACAGACUGGAAGCAUCAAGGCCAAGUAUAAGGCUGAGAAGCUUCUUGGGUACUUGAGAGAGUCGAGGCAUGGUGGAGAGCCUUCAUCUUCUAGUCCAUGAAGAGUAGAGUAGCUCCACCGGACAUCGCAUGUCCUGCUGAAUGAAAGAAAGAGGUAUUUGAGUGAAUACAUACUAAGUUGUCUGCCGGGGUGGUGGUUUGUAGAUGUACAUAGGUCGUGCUUGAUGGGUCUGUAUGUACAGUUAGAUUCGGCACAUCGGAUCGGAAUACGUAGACGUGAAAAGAGGAAGCUAAUUAUUUUCAUGUCACUUUUAGGUAUAUCGGGUGAUGUUUCUUGAUGGGUUUGGUUUGUCUUGGGGAUUUGGCAGUCUCCCAUUAAAAUUAUUUUACUUAAUGAGGGGAAUGUAUUUGUUUGUUAGUUUGUCUGUUUCAUUUGGGCACUUCCCUUAUGUUUUUUUCUUGUAGAGAAUGACCCAAAAUGAUGAUGAUUUGAAGCUGUUUGACUGAUUAGUAUAAUCUUUGGCGGUGGUAUCAUAAUCAUAGUAUGGAUGUUUGUGGAUGAUAGAAUAAUUGAUGAUGUGGUUUCUUUUGGA